CACCGAAUUUAGACAAUUUUCACGCAGCUGAAUUCUAAUAUUAACUAAAUAAUGCUUAAUUGUUUGUAUUGAAUAUACAUUUGUGAUCUUAUUCGUAUACGUAUUCUGUGUACCUGAAAAUCUUUAAAUACUGUAAUUUUGAAACUUAAGAACGUGAUAACCUAUAAGUGCCCCAUCGUUAAUUUUAUGGCGGCACAGACGAGAAACUUUGGAAAAAUGUUUCGGGUUUGGAGAGAAAUUCAAUGCACGAAUCUACAGUCAGCGAUUUUACGAAGUAUCAAGAAAAUCCACAAUGGCGACAGUAGUUAUGGAGGACAACGACACGUAUUGACGGUGAGUACAACAAGAGGUACGCCAAGUACAAGUACAAACUUGAAGGAAGCCCUGUGCGAAAAGAUUCCGUUGCACUAUGACCUGCUGAGGAAUUUUCGUCGCCAACAUGGACCCUUCGUGCUCAGUCAAAUCACCGUCGAAAACAUAUACCAAGGGUUGAACGGUGUGAACACUAUAGUCAGAGAAACGUCCGAGACUGAUCCAAAAUAUGGGAUCAGGUACAGGGGACUAACAAUACCGGAAGUUAUUACUUUAUUGCCUCGCCAAGGGAAAUCACCGAGCGCGGAAGCUGUAUUUUGGUUGCUAUUAACCGGCGACGUUCCGACUCAAGAACAAACGGCAUCGUUGAUCGCCGAUUGGACGAUACGACGACAGAAAAGGAAAGAUUGGUGGUCGGGACCGGACGGAGGAAUCGUCGGUUCCAUUCUUCAAACUCUUCCCAAGACAACUACGCCAUUGGGUAAACUGUCAGUGGCUCUCACUGUCUUCGAUUCUGGCAAGCAUAUGAAAGAUGCACUGAAAAAUCGUGUCUCCAGUCAUGCUCAUUGGGAAUAUACAUACGAGGAUAGUAUGGAACUGCUUGCCACGUUACCAGCGAUAGUUGGUCUGGUGGCGAAAACUGAAGGACUUAAAAAUGUGAAAGAAGAUGGCGAUUGGGUGCAGUUUCUGCUGGAAUGUUUAUGCAACGCAUCUCAGAUAUCGGAGAAUCGUAAGGAAUCUAUGCUGGAUUUUCUUCGAUUAUACGUCACUUUGAAUGCUGACGAGGACGGGGGUAUCCCUGCUGUUCACGUUACGGAAAUACUCGGAGCGUCUCAAUUGGACGUAAACCAAGCUUUAGCUGCGGGAGUUCUGGCAUACGCCGAUGAACCAAAAAGCGGUACAUUGGCACAAUACAUGGAGUUCCAAACGAAAAUACAAAGUCUCCUUGGUCGUGAAUCUAAAGAAGAACAUUUAACGAAUUAUGUGACUCUAAUCGCAAAGGAUAAAUUGAUCGGCUUCAAGGAAACGGAUGUUUGCGAUCCGCGAUACACAGCGUUAAUAAAUUAUGUCAACGAAAAUAUGCCAAAUGAUUUCGAUACAAAGUUGUCCCAAGCUAUCGCACGAAUACUCACUACGACGAUGAAGACUGCAAAAGGAAAGACCAUUUAUCCUGAACAAAAUACAAUCGCGGCGCCAGUAUUUCAGUCCCACGGAUUGAAAAACAUGACGUUCAAUCAAGUAUUAUUAUGCAUGUCGCGGGCACUGGGUGCAGUUGCAUCGAUCAUUUGGACAAAAGCUGUUAAUGCACCGGUCGAGCGUCCAGCAUCGAAAUGCACUUACACUUACUUGGAUUCUAUUCAAGGGACUCGAAGGAAACACAAACGCGGGGAACACGCGAAACAUUCUCGAAAAUAACUAUCAUUGUUUUACAAUCAUAUCAAGUAUCGUGUUUCUUAUCGUAUUCUCUCGUACGUUCCGCGUUCCUCUUCAUGCGUUUACUCGCGCGAUAUAAUACUUGCUCUGCUCGAUUAUUGUACAUCUCGCGUAUAAAAGCCG